AUGGGGGCUUGUUUGAGUAUUGAGGGAGAUGAGAACAAAUUUUCGAACAAUAAGACAGGCUUGUAUGGAGGUUCAGGAUCUGAUUCCAAAGGGAACUCUGGGAGUUCGAACACAAUCGUGAUAAUACCCAGAAACAUAAAAGAUUUACGUCAAAGUCCCGGGAAUGGCGAUCUUGAUAUAUUCACGUAUGAAGAGAUGAAACUGGCGACCAAGCACUUUCGGCCGGAUCAGGUUCUUGGUGAUGGUGGCUUUGGUAUUGUCUAUAAAGGAGUUAUAGACGAUAGUGUGAGGCCGGGCUAUAAGUCAACCACAGUUGCUGUCAAGGAGCUUGAUCCCCAUAGUUCACAAGGGGACCAGGAAUGGCUGGCAGAGGUCAAUUAUUUAGGUCAACUUCGGCACCCGAACCUGGUGAAGCUGAUUGGCUAUUGCUGUGAAGGGGACUAUAGGCUGUUGGUCUAUGAAUAUAUGGCAUCCGGGAGCUUGGAGAAACAUCUUUUCUUAAGAGUACGUGCCAGUUUAACAUGGCAUAAACGAUUGAAGAUUGCCUUGGAUGCUGCAAAAGGGCUUGCUUUUCUUCACGGUGUGGAGAAACCCAUCAUAUACAGGGAUUUUAAAACUUCAAACAUUUUGCUUGAUGGGGAUUUCAAUGCAAAGCUUUCUGAUUUCGGACUGGCAAGGGUGGGCCCCACAGGAGAUCAAACUCACGUGUCGACCCGUGUUAUGGGUACGUUCGGUUAUGCCGCUCCAGAGUAUGUCAUGACCGGUCAUCUGACCGCAAGGAGUGAUGUGUACGGCUAUGGAGUUGUCCUGCUCGAGAUGCUUAUUGGGAGACGGGCCAUGGACAAGAGCCGGCCCAGCCGUGAGCACAACCUUGUUGAGUGGGCCCGCCCACUCCUCAACCACACCAAGAAGCUCCUCAAGAUACUUGACCCGAGGAUCCAUGGCCAGUUCUCGACCAAGAUCCUCAUGAAGGUGGCGAAUUUGGCCUACCAAUGCCUUAGCCAGAACCCAAAGGGGAGGCCCACCAUGAGCCAGGUCAUCGAUAUACUCGAGCCCUUGGUGGCUCACGAGCUGCGGCUAGAGGACGUGGACCCACCUAGCGGGGGCGGGUCCGUGACACUUUACGAGGUCCCCAAAGGCCACAAUACGAUGAAUGAAGAUAGCGGGCCACAAAAUGGGCCCAAGCAUGUGAAGGAUAAUAAUAUUAGUAGUAAUAAUAAGCAGGGUAACGGAAGGAGCAAAAGCGAACCUCCUAAGGAGUGUGACCUUUACGAGCCCUCUUUAGAGAGUUUGCAGAUCGAGAGAUCGGUAUCUGAUGUGCGGUGA